AUGGCCCACCACCGUUCGUACGGCACGAGGCCUUUCGGGACUCCUUCCGAGCUGUUCAAAUGCGCCGCGCGCGGCGUUCUUGUCAAUGUGCUGGCGGACCGGGUCAACAGCCCUCGCCGGGUGCGCGAACCGGAUCCGGAGUACGACCUCCUCUUCUCGGAGUUCAUCGAUCAGCAGCAGUUCGAGUCGCCGCCAACGACGCAAGUGCCUCCGAGGCCGGUCGCGAUCGUGCUGAACCAAGAAGGCACGACGCCUAUUGUUCCUGCAGCCCUCAGAGUCCAUGCGCAUGGGAGCGUCAGGGCCGGCCCGAUUGUGGGGGAGGUCCACAUGGGGGUGAUGGGAAGCCCGAGCUCAGUGCUUGAGCCCGAAGUUCCUCGCCUGGACCCGUCGCCCCUCCAAGAUCCGCCCUCGAACCCGCACCCAGAGGUCGAAGCCAACUCCGAACCACCCGUUCUCGACGAGAUUCCGGACAAAGUCGAAGAGGUGGCUCCGAAACCCAAGAAGUACGUGCGCGCGGUGUACGUCAAGUCCCGCUCCUCCGCACCCAUCGCCGGACCCGCCGCUGGGGAAUUCCUCGAGCUCGCCUCCGAGACUUCUGCCGCUCUUCGGUCGGAAGGACCGAAGCCCAAGAAGAAGUACGUGCGCGCGGUGCACGUCAAGUCUCGCUCCUCCGCGCGCAUCGCGCUCGCCUCCGGGCAGGCCCCUCCGCCCUCCGCCCUUGCCUCCGGUUCCGGUCAGCAGUCGACGCCUCCCACCGAGGUUGCAGUCAAGCGCCGUCCGCAGCCAGCGAAGAAGGCGAUCCACGCGCAACGGUCCCAGAUCAUGACACGCUCGGCCGCGGCCGCGUCGCGGAUCGUGGCCCGCGCGGAGACCCAUCUCAAGGAGGCUGCCGGACGCCGGCGUGGGCGCAAGCUGUAG